GUGGCGGUAUUGCGCACCGGAAGGCUGCUCGCCAGCCGCCAUUAAAGCAAGAGAAGAAGAAGAGUCGGCAACACAGCGGAAGUGACGCCCCAGACGCCAUUCAAGCCGUAGCGGAGGAAGCUAACACUUUAAGAACCUAAGUCCGUGUUUUUGUGAUAAGAAUACAAUUCUUGGUGCUCCCAACAAGGCAUGGCUGCAGAUUGGCUGGGUAGUUUGGUGUCAAUAAACUGUGGCCCAACAUUGGGAGUUUAUCAGGGAGAGGUGUCGUCAGUGGACCAGUCCUGCCAAACAAUAUCCCUCAGACAACCUUUCCACAAUGGAGUCAAGUGUCCUGUUCCAGAAGUUACAUUCAGUGCCAUUGACAUUAAGGACUUAAAAAUCUUGGAUAUCAGAAAUGGAAAUGCCCAGGCCAGCUCAUCAGUGUCCACUAAUUCAAAAAGUAAUCCAGUUGCAGUUCCAAAAGGUGACCCUCGAACUGUAGAUACGGGGAAUUCUCCACAAAGCUUUGCCAAAAGCUAUGGAGACCGCCACCUGGAGGUCCCCAAGGGCUUUAGACGAAGACACAACUCCUGGUCAUCCAGCAGUCGAGGCGCAAACCAAGUCACCCCAAAGAAGAACGGAGUGAAGAACGGUAGCAGUCAGAUGAAGCAAAGGGACGACGAGUGUUUUGGCGACGGGAUGGACGACGGCCUGGACACAGACUUUGAUUUUGAAGGAAACUUGGCCCUUUUCGACAAAGCGGCAGUUUUUUCAGAGAUCGACACGUCAGAGCGUCGCAACGGAGCGAGAUCGCGUGGGACGCCUCAAGAGCAAACGCCCUCACGGUACCGCCACGAUGAGAACAUUCUGGAGGGCAAACCUGUAGUGUACAGACAGAUCACUGUACCACAGCCAGGGGCCAAAGAAUACUGCACUGACUCUGGACUUGUGGUACCCAGUAUAUCAUACGAUCUGCACAAGCGUCUGCUGUUAGUCGCGGAGCGUCAUGGCCUCACGUUGGAGCGGCGACUUGAAAUGACUGGAGUGUGUGCUAGUCAGAUGGCCCUCACAUUGCUUGGUGGGCCAAACAGGUUCACUCCAAAGAAUUUACACCAGCGUCCCACGGUGGCACUGCUGUGUGGCCCACAUGUUCAGGGCGCUCAGGGCAUCAGCUGUGGUCGUCACCUGGCAAACCACGAAGUCGAGGUCGUCCUGUUCCUUCCUAACUUUGUCAAAAUGGUGGACCCAGUCACCUGCGAGCUCACACUCUUCAAUAAGACUGGGGGGAAACAAGUGUCAAAUAUCAAAGAGCUGCCGGACACGCCGGUGGAUCUAAUCAUCGACUGCCUUGACUGCCACGAGAACACAUUCCUGAUGGAUCAGCCUUGGUACAGAGCCGCUGCCGAUUGGGCUAACCAGAACCGUGCACCAGUUCUCAGCUUAGAUCCUCCUGUUAGCGGACAAGGACAGGCAGUGGAGGCCAAGUGGUCCCUCUCCCUGUGCCUGCCCCUUCCCUUAGGGGAGGGGGCCGGCAGUGUCUACCUGUGUGACAUAGGUAUCCCCCGUCAGGUCUUUCAGGAAGUGGGAAUCAACUACCAUUCCCCUUUUGGGUGCAAAUUUGUCAUCCCUCUGCACUCAGCAUAAUUGGACUGAUCAGUGAACAUUUUGCCGUCCCGGGCUGUGUCAAAGCAUUCUUUUUGAGCUUCAAGUGUUUGGCAGUGGAUCCAGAAAGUAAGUUACUGACAUUUCAACACGUGAAUGAGACCUCUCCCUCGUACUUUAUAAAGGAUCAUGGUUUAAUGCGUUAGUUCUUCACUGCUACUUGCGUUAUAUUGCAAGAGGACACCACACAAGGGGAUUGUUCUUUGAUAACACCGUUAUAAGCUGCAGUAAUGAUGGACAUAAUGCUAGUAUUCGAUCUACAUAGUAUUUGGAUAAAGAGGUUAUUUAUAAGUACAACCUGAAGGACUUGUUUAUAUAACGUAGUGUUCAAUAUUGUAGGACAAUCCCAGACUUGAAUGUUGUGAUAUGAACGCCAUCAAACAACAGUUUUUUCAUUAAAACAAAAACUAAGGCAGCUAAUGGUGUAUAAUGAUCCUACAACUCUAAAUACAUGACCAUAUAAGAGCAGUUUUUGUUGGUGCGUUAGACUGUAAAGGGCUUCAGUGUGCAUAAACUCUUGUUUCUUUUAUUUCUCUUCUGAUUUAAAAAAAAAAAAAGAGUGCCAUUGAGUCGCUGUGGCGCUGCCUGACAAGGAAAAAUAGAAAGUGGGGAAGAAAGUAUAAGUUGAAAAGCCGUGACUGUUUAUUUUCCAGUUGAUUCACUUUUUUUUUUUUUUUUUUUUUUUUUUUAAUGCAUUCCAACAUGUCCAACACUGGCAGUUUGUCAUUAAAUAGUUAAAUCUCACAAAGGUUUGUUUUGAAGUUCCUACAUAACCAAUUGGGAUUGAUUUGAUUGAAUAUCAUAUGUUCAGAAUCUGAGUUGCAUUGUUUUUGCUCUAGCAAUUACCAAGGUUGUUUUAUUUUUGAACUUCAGACUUUAGUACACAAUAAUGGAGACGUCAUCGCCUCCCUGUGGCGGGAGAGAUUAUUUCACUCUGAAGCCAGAGUCCAUAUUGUGAAAUAGGAGUCCAGUCUAAAACAACAUUGUUGGAGGUUAGAUAGAACUAUGUCCAUCUUUUAUGGGGCCGUUGUUAGUUGUCCAGGACUGACUUUGUUUAAAUACAUUUUCAGCUAACACUAACACUUCCACGAUUUUGUUUUUACUUUCAUUUAGGUAAUAACAGGUGUUUUUUUUCCCCAUACAUGGACUUAAGUGUAACAGGAGAAGUAAUGCAAGUAGUUGCGUCAUAAGUGUUUAUUUAACAUUCCACAGGUGUGAUGGGUUGUGUUAGAUCUUUUGAAACAAGUCUGCCUUAUACACGUCACUUGGUGUUAAUGAUGAUGACUCUUUGUGAGUGGCAUUACCUUUGGCUGUCAUGGACUAUUUCCCCAUUGGGUUAUUUUUUAUUGAACACCAAUGGUUUGGUGGUCAGAGGUGAAGCUGACUAGUAAUGUUUACAUGUUUUACAGCAGGGGUCACCAAGGCCAGGUCGCCCGCUGGCCUGUUCUAAAAAUAGCUCAAAUAGCAGCACUUACCAGUGAGCUGCCUCUAUUUUUUAAAUUUUAUUUGUUUACUAGCAAGCUGGUCUCGCUUUGCUCGACAUUUUUAAUUCUAAGAGAAACAAAACUCAAAUAUAAUUUGAAAAUGCAAGAAAAUAUUUUAAAGACUUGGUCUUCACUUGUUUAAAUAAAUUCAUUUAUUUUUUUACUUUGCUUCUUAUAACUUUCAGAAAGACAAUUUUAGAGGAAAAAUACAACCUUAAAAAUGAUUUUAGGAUUUUUAAACACAUAUACCUUUUUAAUUCCUUCCUCUUCUUUCCCGACAAUUUAAAUCAAAGUUCAAGUUUUUUUUUUUAUUGUAAAGAAUAAUAAAUACAUUUUAAUUUAAUUCUUCAUUGUAGCUUCUGUUUUUUCGACAAAGGAUAUUUGUGAAAUAUUAUGAUUAAAAGUCAAAAAAAAUAUUCUGGCAAAUCUAGAAAAUCUGUAGAAUCAAAUUUAAAUCUAAUUUCAAAGUCUUUUGAAUUUCUUUUAAAAUUUUCGUUCUGGAAAAUCUAGAAGAAAUAAUUAUUUGUCUUUGUUAGAAAUAUAACUUGGUCCAAUUUGUUAUAUAUUCUAACAAAGUGCAGAUUGGAUUUUAACCUAUUUAAAACAUGUCAUCAAAAUUCUAAAAUAAUCUUAAUCAGGAAAAAUUACUAAUGAUGUUCAAUCUAUCAAUGUUUACUUAUAUAGCCCUAAAUCACUAGUGUCUCAAAGGGCUGCACAAACCACCACGACAUCCUCUGUAGGCCCACAUAAGGGCAAGGAAUUUUAUUUUUCUCAAAAAGAUUCAAAUAAGCUUGUUUUUCUCCAUUUUUUUCAGGUAAAUUUUGAAUUUUAAAGAGUCGAAAUUGAAGAUAAACUGUUUCAAAAUGUUAUUUUCAUUUUUUUCGUGUUUUCUCGUCUUUUAAACCGUUCAAUUAAGUGUUUUUUUCAUCAUUUAUUCUUUACAAAAAAAACUUCCGUAAAAGGAAAAAAAAUGUACGACGGAAUGACAGACAGAAAUACCCAUUUUUUUAUAUAUAUAGAGAUUUAUUUAUUAAAGAUAAAUUGAGCAAAUUGGCUAUUUCUGUCAAUUUAUUGAAGUGUGUAUCAAACUGGUAGCCCUUCGCAUGAAUCAGUACCCAAGAAGUAGGUCUUGGUUUCAAAAAGGUUGCUGACCCCUGGUUUACACUGAGUUACAUCUUCAGUGGGGAUUUGUGCUCCAAGAGAGAUUGUCAUUAGAGAAAAUCUUGUAUUAUUCAAGGUUUUUUUUUUCAUCUACAGAUUGACAUUAAUUACCUUUUUUGUUUAACUACACACUGAAUUGGGCAUCUAUUCACAAGGAUAGCAUGUGUAUGACAUCAUUGCUAAACAUCUUUAUACAUAAUGCUGUUGAUCUGCAUUUGUGAACUUGCAUUAAAAUCAAACGUCCGUCAAACUA